AUGCGCCAGUCGGGUCCCGCGUCGACUCCGACCAUCGAUCUUCAAAGGCCGCGGAUAUGCACGCAGGCAUACGACCGCCCGCCCAUGCAACCUGGCCACAAUGCGAUUGGCUAUUCGUCCCAAGCCAAUCAUUCUCACAGUCAAAUGGCGUCGGCACAAGACAGUGCCGAGCGCAUUCUCCCUUCCAGGGCCCCACUCAUGCACUAUAGCCCUCUGAAUCAGAAUGAUGACUCCAAGAUGCCCUGCAAACUCGAGGGGCCUGGUAACGAGAGUAAACGCAAGGUAAAGGCAGGUAGCGCCUCCCUGUUCGCCUACAGCGUGGCGGAGUUUAACGAAUGCAGCCGCUGUGAAAAGGCGCGUUUGACCGGCUUGGAUGCCUGGAUGGAACACUUGGGGCAGGUGCACACAUUCCCGUCUCGUUGGCCGAGCUCAAAAAUCGAUGACGGACUGAUGGACAAAGGUCAUCCCUACACGUCAGUCGUGGAUUCUCAUAAGAAACGAAGAACAGCAGGCGUCCCACGGCCUCUAAACAGCUUCAUGAUAUUCGCACAAUACAUUCGACGACUGACACUUUCCAGUUUUCCCGACGCUCCAAAUGUCCACAUCAGCCAGCAGGUAGGGCGCCUGUGGCGAAAUCUCUCCAACGACUUUAGAGAGGUCUACGCAAAGGAAGCGCGUCGUCUUCAGAGUCUUCACUCUCUUGAGUUCCCCGACUACAAAUACCAACCACGUCGACGUCUACGGACUCUCGAUGGUGAUGAAAUCGAUUGUCACUCCUCCCCAUUGCGCCCGGCAACCAAUCCUCCACCAUCUAACCCCAACAUUAUCAAUCAUUACUUUGAUGAGCUCCUUCAAAGUAACCGCCCCAAGUGUCAACUGAAGCCUUCACCCCUAAGUGAAUUGGGUUCCAAAGAGCGACCAGACUUCACAGAUGGUCUGUUGGACUUUUCUGUACUGCGUCAUAACCCUAACGUGGACACACUGACGCCGCUUCAGAGCGCUAACGGCCAGAGAGAUGCCAUUAAGCAUCAACUUGAAGAUUCCAUCACCUACCAACCUACAUUCAACUACCCUGCGACCACUGACGGUGCUGCCGACCGAUUGGGCUGGUUGGAUGAUAGGUCUGUCGAGCCGUUUGGUCUUCCGACCCAAGCCCAAGCACUGGUUACUGCGCCUUCCUAUCUGCAGCCAGAGAACAUUUUCUCUUCCACCGAACACUGGCAUCAAUACCAUAAGGAGGGCUCCUUUGGGGACGUGUUACCCCUUCCGGGGAUUGAGACGUGGACAUUCAGUGGCUCCACCAUCUAG